CAAGGAGUCCAUAGGCGAAUAUCAAGCUGAACUGGGAUCUGAAAACAGUUUUUUUUCUUCCCCUCGCUUUCAACUCUUAUUCGUAAUAUAAGUUUAGCGAUCAUGUCAGAUGAUGAUAUUAUUGGUCCGGCAUUGCCUCCGAUGUACAGGAAAAGCAGUGAAGACAACUCUGACGAUGAAGGGUUCGCAGGUCCCGCGCUGCCUCCCGGUUAUAAAGCAGGGACGUCCUCGAGUUCUUCAGACGACAGCGAGCAGGAGGAAGUUGUGUUCAAAAGGUCCAAGGCGGGCGGCAGGCUCAGGGCAACGGGAGAUGGACCCUCCGCAGAGAAACAGCGCAGAGUAGAGGAGGAGGAAGGUUUCUUUGGUCCAGCUCUUCCUCCUGGUUUCCAGGACGACGCAGGUUCCCCAGAGAGGCCCCCAGUGUUAGGACCAGCUUUACCUCCUGGAUUUCGCAGACAAGCAGAUGAUGACGAAGAAGAUGAUGAUGAUGAUGAUGACGGUGUCUCUGGACCUGCCCUCCCACCAGGCUACACAGCCAGCCAGUCUAGCAGUGAUGAGGGAGAGGAGGAGGAGGAUGUGAUUGGGCCCAUGCCAGCCCGCGGGGCUGUCCAGGACUCAGUAGCGCUGGACUUUGAGCGUAGAGCACAGAAGAUGAAGGACAAACUGACGAAAGGAGACGAGGGCCCGGAGGAGCUGGCCAGGGAGGCGUGGAUGAUGGAGCUUCCUCCAGAGCUGCAGCACAUCGGUCUGGGCGCACGCACCUUCAAGAAGAAGUCUGGGCCUGCCAACAAGGACCGCUCAGUCUGGACCGACACCCCUGCUGACACGGAGCGCAAAGCCAGGGAGCGUCAGGAGAAGAAGAAGCGUGGCGAGGCAGAGGAGGUCGACACCCCACAGCUAUCCCAGAAGGACUUGCAGCUCGCCGACAAGGUUUCCAAGUACAACGAGUCCAAGCGAGGCGAGACUCUGAUCAACCUUCACAAGAAGAAGAUGAAGAGGAAGGCGGAGGAGGAGGGCAGCAAGGUGGUGGAGCGACGGGCUUUCGACCGGGACAAUGACCUCCAGGUGAACCGCUUCGACGAGGCGCAGAAGCAGCGCCUGCUGAAGAAGUCCCAGGAGCUGAACACGCGCUUCUCCCACAGCCAAGACCGCAUGUUCCUGUGAGGAGGACAGCCAGGCCCCUCCCGCCCAGGCCCCUCCCGCCCAGGCCCCUCCCCCCCUAAAACGAUUUCUUGGUCAUAUAAUAGAGUUGGUUAAAUACCUUGUGUUCAUUUCGUAAUUGUGACGUUUAUGUUAUUCAUGUUUAGUUUUUGCUUCUUUUCCAUAUUUAGAGAACUAUUUCCUUGCUGUUAUGCAUUAUUAUUUCUUUUUUAAAUAAAUAUUUCUGAAAAAGUUGUCAAACGAACUACUAGUGGGCGGUACCAAGGAGGAAUACUAAUACGUCACUACGCCGCUAUUGGUUUAAAACUACAACCGGGGUAGCUGAGGACUACCGCAACCGUGAAUCAACACUCUCGUGGACAAUCGUACACAAUCGGGGUUUUACUCAGCCAUCGACAUGAUCAAUUGGAAGGCUUUAGACAACAUCCCGUUGCUGUUCUACAUCCUAGCUGCUAAGACGAUCCUGCUGUGUCUGGGGUUUGCAGCUGUGAAGAUCUACCAGACCAACAAGCUAGAAGCAGCCAAUAAGCGCGAGAUGGAGGAGAAAAAACGGCUUGCCCAGCAGACACAGGAGCUCUUAGACAACAAGAAGGAUGAAUGACAAAACAGGUGUACAGGGAGAAGAGCAACCACCCUGGGUGGCAUGGAGACGGCCGCACACACCAAGAAUAAAGGAGAACGCCUGUCUGUUCCUGGAAGAAGGGCUGAUCACUUCCUGUUGGACAGUACCUGUGAUGACAACAUCAGACUUUUAGCUGUUACUUUUUUAAACAAAUGUGUGCUUCAACAUCUUUCUGUUUGUAAAUAAAGUCUAAUUUUCUUA